GUUGUUCAUCUCUGGAUUCACGAUGAUGUCUCUUGGCAAGGUGGAUCCUUGUUUAGCUAGUAUCCAUACGCAUACUAGGAAAAUGAAGCGAAGUGAAGCUUUUGGAAAGGAUCCAGGUUCAAGGCAGUCCUAGCUCAACAGAAGAUGAAAAAGAUCAAGUCCUCGCUAUCUUUUCCUGGGCAAGUUUCAGGAUGGUCUUGGUCACCGAAGGGAGCACCGGCCACAGCACAUAGUAGUGAAGUAGAGUCUAUUCGCCGCUUUCACAAGAAGACAUGUGCCACGGAGGAGAACCUGCGCCCUUCAUUGAAAUAAAAAAUCACUACUAGUGCAAAUCAGUGCACCCAUGGUGCGGCGAAAAGUUGUGCCCCCAUGUGCCGGGAUGCGCUCUGUGCGUAGCAGAACGGAAGGAUUGCGAUUGGUUUCUCGCAGCGAUAGUUCGCUGUCAUCUGUUGCACUUGUGCAUCACGAUUCAAGUGGUCUGGCGUGCUUUCCCCGAAAGGUACGCUCAUCGCAAAUCCCGGAGCUUGGUCACCCGAUGUGUGUGCUUGGGGCAGUGAGAUACUACGAAUCUUCAGCGGCAUCGACAGCACCGCUCUGCGCAGAAGAGGGUCGUGAGGACGAAACUUCCGCUGUGGAUGACGUGGAACAAGUGCAAGAUGAAGAGCAUGUUGACAACAGUCCGGAGGUGGACACCAUCUCAGUGGCCGCGCCUGGCACAGAUGCCGAUGCACACCGGUACUGCAAGGGUCUCCUGCACUACCUGAAAAGCGGGAAAGCCACAGAGCGCUUCAAGGAUCUCCGCAAAAACGAGGCAGAAUUCGACAUCGGCGCGCGGCGAUACGUCGUGCAGAAUUUGCGUAGUGUGUUAGAGCACGUCGCGAAGAAGGAGGUAGAGGUCCUCGCACAAGGCCCUCCUUCAUCUUUACGAAAUAAAAUGGACGAGACCGACCCCGGUACCUUGUUUGCGGCAACGCAGCAACCUUGUUCGUCAUCCGCUUCAGGUGGAUAUUCAGGAAAUAUUGGCCUCCAUUCCGAGGACCUUGCAAACUAUCCGUACCUGUUGCGCCAGAUGCAGAUCACCGACGCGGGAACGCUGGAACCUCUCCUGGAUCUCGUGGUUAACCGAAUUCUGCAAAAGCGAUUUCGGCUGGUCUACGCGUGGAAACGGCCGGGGGGAGAGGCAGAUGACCAUCAUUCUAGUGGUGGUGCAGAGAAAGGUCAAAUAAACUCUUUGAAAAAAUCUACAAGCGGAGGUACAGCUUCUACAUUCAGAAAAGGAAAAACGUCCACGUCAACAUCCUCAUCUUCGGAGCAGGACCCGACCUUUGCCGGCGAACAUCAAGACGCCAAGCUCCCGAAGGUCCCAUCAGAUUUUCGGAAAACUGCGAAGCUUCCCUCGCAACUCUCCACGUUUGUCAAAACCCUGAAGGAGCUCCCGGUGGACUUCAAGGGCCCGCUCCACGCGGUCCGCAGGUUCGCAGAUAAGGUCGUUGAACACUUAGAAAGGUUCGACACGGCGACCCUGUGCUUUUUACUGGAUGAGCUGCACAGCCGGGGCGUUCCGUUGGACGUUGUGCACCACCGGGCGCGGUUUUACCGAGAACUGUGUAGUCGCUUGGUGGAAGGAGGUAAAGGAGGAGCGACAGAUCAACAACAUGUUCGGGAACCAAUGUCAGUUCCGAGUACCCAGGAGCGGCAAAUUUUACUGGAAAAGCUGACACCCGUGGUUUUCGAGGACCACGGCAGUGCGAAGUUCGCUUUGCUCUCUGAGGAUCCGCAUAACCUUGGUGGAAAGAAGACAGAGCCUGCCGAUGCCGCGGUGGAGCUAGAAGAAUCACAAUCAGGAGCCACUCGAGGAGAAUCGGCUGCAGCAGAUAAGACCGCAACUACAGUACUAGAAAACGGCAAAAAUGCCCAAGAGAAACAAGAAGGCAGGAUUUCGGAGAAAGCUUUGUCGCGAGCCGCCGAUGCAAAAGCGGUGCAGCAGGCGUCAGAGGAUCUGCAAGCGUUGAAGCUGUUUCUGGGAUCACAGCUCCGCCUCCAGAUCGUGGAGGCGAAAGACGUUCGUGAGCUGGAAGUUCGGUGCGGGGCGUUAUUGCGCUACUUCCUGGACCAAAGCUUUGAUAGUUGUACAAGAACAAGAACAGAAGAGGGCUUACCCGACGCCAGCAACGUUCAAAAACAAUUUUCACCCCAUGGAGCUGCACCGUCAAGAACUUCCGCGAAUAAAACAACUGCACCCACCGCCACAGGUCAAGAAUCGUGCGAAUUAUCUUCCAAACAGGCCAUCCUGCGAGACUUUUGCGUCCGCGCCCGUGGUCUUGUCAAAGCGCAGAAAGAGUACGGGAAGCUUCUGUGGCACACGCGCGGGCUGGAGCACUGGGCCCGGGCGGAAAUCGUGCGGGAGUGGUUCCUGCCCAUGGUCGACGCCGUGAAGAGUGGGCGAAACGCCAUGGACCUGUUUUUGGUCGCGAAAUGGCUGGAAAUGAUGACCGAUCUGGAGGAAACGGAUCUCCCCGAGGUUGGGGAACUGCGGGAACUGCUCACAAAACGAAUUUUAGCGAGGAAAACGGGUAUUUUUGGAAUUGUUCGUCAUUUAUAUGUAGUGAGGUCGUUUUGAACAAAUACAUCAAUUGAUCUAAAUUUAGUAUCGGCAAAAGUCAAAGUACUUUACUUACAUUUUCAUUCUUCCUCUAGAUCUUCUUACCUCGAGCGUGGCCAUCUCUCUCCUGCUCGCUACCGGAAAGAAGGAGUUUCUUGACCUGGUCACGGACGUGCCCUCCCUCUCUCCGGCGGACUUGAAGAAGGUCAUGCGUUUACCGAACGCCGACUUGCGCUGGAGCUUCGUGUUGAAGGCUGCCAAGUGCGCAGACCGACUCUCACCGGAUCAGCUGUUGGUCCUGGUUACCGGACAGUACACCAAGGAACAGUGGCAGGAGCUGAAGAAGUUGAAGCUAGUUGGACCGCAAAAGAACGCAGGGGCAAGACCAGCAUCCACCAGCUCAGGGGAUAUAAAAGACGAGAAAACUGCACAACAAACUUGGGCUUCCCCUUUCGAGGAUGCGAUGCGCAGGAAGCUGUGGCAGAAGAACGCAAAACUCUCACUGGAAGACCUGAACGGCUUGAUAGCAGCGAUGACAAAAUCGCACUGCCACGAUUCCAGGCUACUGGCCACUAUCCGAAACGCGUACACGCGCCAGGUGCUCGGCGCGCCUGUGCAUGCGGAAUUCUAGAACGCAUUUGUAUUUUUCUACAGGCGCAGACGUCCUAAGUACAAGAUUAUAGUGAAGAAAGAAAC